AUGAAAGUGCAGAAUAUGAAACCGCCACAGACGCAUACAGUCAGCGCCACGAUGUUAAAGUGGGGCAUCAUACUCCGCUCACAGUCAACACACCCGAACGAGAUGACCACGGCCAUAUGGGGCAAAUUGAAGACCGCAUGUAAGCCAAUUCUUGUUCUUGACGGGCGCGCCACUACCCCAGAUUUUAUGCCGGUUGGAUAUCGGCCCUUUACUCUUGUCCGGCGGUCCCGGAAACGACAUAAUCGCAGCACAAACACUUUCGCAACUCAUGCGCGGCCAGUCCAGCCUCAAGUCUUUGCUUUCUUGCAAGCUCACUUGCAACAGACUCUCCGCUUUUUAGGACAACAGUACUUCCGUGGCAAUCUAGUGUCCACGGUAGACUCUGAUGAGAUGGAGGGCAUUUUCACCGCCACGGCACAACGCAUACAUUUCUGGGCGGAUCUGAAGUAUCAGAUUGUGGCAGCAGGCAUCCCACAGCAAUUGAUAACGCCACUAAUCUCCCACUCCUUUCGACGUGGAUUCGUCGCCAGCGACUUGGCAAUCAAUACGCCCCAGCGAAUUAUCAGUGCUAUACUAAAGAUCAAACAGGGAUCAGUGAACUCCUAUGUCAGGGCAAUAAUUCCUACUCAUCACGACAGCUUCUUCAAUGGGGACCUUACGGUGGUCGGAAGUGCAACAACAUAA